AUGGGCUCGCAACCAGAAAAGAAUGGACUCACCUCGGAGGAAAUAGUCGCGGAUCUUGGAUUUACACCUAUGAUCAAGGUCGAGGACCCUUGGACCGUUGACAAGGUCGUCAAGGAGAUUCCUGGCGGUGCGCCUCAGGAGGAGGCUUCGUCACCGCUUCCUUUUUUCCACAUGCUUGAACGACUCAAGACGACCAAGCGCGAAGGAUGGAGAAGAUUCGGCAUUGACAGGGGAGAGUCUAUCGCCGACCACAUGUAUCGCAUGUCUCUAAUCUCCAUGUUCGCACCACCCACCCUCGCCCCCAAACUCGACCUCGCAAAAUGCAUGAAAAUGUGUCUCAUCCACGACAUGGCCGAACUCCUAGUCGGCGACAUCACCCCCGUUGACGGCGUCCCCAAGCCCGAAAAGAGCCGUCGCGAGUCCGAAACAAUGGACUUCCUCACCAAGAACCUCCUCCGCAACGUUCACGGCGGCACAACAGGCGAAGACAUAAAAGCUAUCUGGCAAGAGUACGAAGACUCUGAGACAUUGGACAGCCACUUUGUGCACGAUGUGGACAAGAUGGAGCUUUUGCUGCAGAUGGUUGAGUAUGAGAAGCGUGGAGAGGGAAGGGUUGAUUUGGGAGAGUUUGCUUAUGUCGCUACGAGGAUGCAUUUGGAGGAGAUGAAGGCUUGGGGUCAGGAUGUUUUGAGGGAGCGGGAGGCUUUUUGGGGAGAGAAGAAGCAUGUUCAUGGUGAGAAGGGGGAGACUGGGGGUGUUACUGCUGAGAGAAAGGGUCAGCAGGACAAUUACUACAACAAGGCUUGA